GCUGUGGCUUGGUAAUAUCGACAGGCUAGAAGAGGGGGACAAAAAGUACAAGACUUUGGAAGAGGACACAGAAGGGGAGAUGGAAGAAGAGACGGAAGAUGAAGAGGAUGACGAUGACGAGGAAGGAGUCGAAGAGGAAGAGGAAGAGAAAGAGCACGAGACGGACAUCGAAGAAAGCUCUGUUGAUGGCGACAGCGAAUUUGAAAUGGAUAAGCUAGAUUGCAACUUGAUGGCUACCUCAUUGGCAGGCGGCAUCAGAGGAAUCAAGUUGUCUGAAACCUGGACAGCCGGAUUACCCCAGUUCGCAAACCCCGUCGAGGAUCAGCAUAGGUGCCGCGACCUUACCGUCCAGGACACAGAGGCAGAGGACCAGGCUCAUACCAGAGAUAAAGAGCGCUGUAUAAUAACCGGAACAGGCGGUCCGCUGAACAUCACUCACAUAUACCCACCAAGUCUGAUUCCACAUACUGAAUCCACCAGUAUGGUGGGCUUCUGGUCUGUUCUAAAAUGCUUCUGGCCGAGGAAGAAGGUUAAUUCUUGGAAAGGCGCUGUUCUUGAUCAAAAAGGUACAGAGAGCCUCGCCAAUAUGCUAACUCUCAGUCCCACAGUCCGUAAACAGUGGGAGAAGUGUUAUCUAGCUCUCAAACCCAUCAUCAUUUCGAAGAAGAGGCGGAGACUGACCUUGGAGUUUCAUUGGCUUUGACCGAGACGCCAAGGCAGUUGAUGGGAAGACUUUAGUGUACCUUGGUGCAUCUACAGACUGCUUUACUGAUUUUGAUACUCCUGGGGAGGACAUCAAGUUGUGAAACUGCCUGACGGAGACGAAGAUAACCUCCGGGCAGAGGAUCAUAAUAAGAACAGAUGACCAGCGAAAACGGCCGCUUCCAUUGUUCAAAUUGCUGGAGUUGCAGUGGUACUUGCAGCGUGUUGCUGCCCUAAAUGAUGGUUAUGAUGAUAAUAACGAUGACGCCACCGCAAGCGACAGUGAUGACUACUAUAUGUGGGAAGGAAGUGAUAGCGGAGGGGAAUAUUACGACUGAUCCCUAUGGUUGCUGGAUAUGAUAGC